AUGGUACCUCAUACUAAACGAAAGGUAGCAAAUCCCCAAAGGCUCAAACCAAUUAUCAAGUUACUCCGUUCUCGUGAACUAGGAACUGGCAAAUGUAUAGAUACUGGCCAGGUUCCCGAAUCAUCAUCCAAACUCCCGUUUGUAUGGCAAAGGCGUUCACUAAAUCCUGGACAUAAAAACAAAAUAUUUGCUUGUCAGUGGAUUACUAAUAAUCAUAUUGUUUACGGUACAAAAUGUAACAAUUUGAUCCUCUAUGAUUGCACUUCGAACGAAAGCUUCGAUAUCCCUUUGAUAAAAUCGGAAACCCCAGAUGUUACAAACUUUCUUAACCCAUGUGCCUGCGGAAUACAUUCCAUCCAACUCAAUACAUCGAAAACAUUUCUCGCAACAGGAGGUGAUAAUGUCAACCAUAUCGGUGUUUACCGACUGACAGAAUUUUCUCCUCAUUGCUUGCUUUCUGAUUGCCACAAUGACUGGGUAUUUGAUUUACGAUGGCUCGAUGAUACCUGUUUGGCUUCAUGUUCACGGGACUCAUCGUUGGCUUUAUGGCGUAUUCCAUCCACCGAAAAUGUUACAAAUAACAUUCGCAACAGCAUACAUCAGAGUGCGCGAACCAAAUCUGAUACUUCCGUACUGCAUAUAAAACGUCCAAUUGCGUACGCUAUGUCGUCCACGCCAGAUGAUCGUUUUCGUGCUGUCGAAUAUCUCCCAACUCAGACUAAUCUUGCAGUGGUAUCAAUGUCGCGUCGCUUAUACUUGUACGAUGCUGUUCGCAUGGGUUUGGAUAAGAGUACACGCCCAAUUUACACUUUAGUUUUAAGAGAUGGAUACCAGGAAGCUGUUGCUCUUCGACGUUGGCCAUCUGAGCCUAAUUGUAUAGCACUGGCAACUCAUCAUUGCGUACUUUUGUUUGAUAUUCGCUGUUCCACAGUCAAGGUUGGAGCUGCAGCACGCUGUGUUCUUCCUCCCCUGCAUGUAUCAGGUGUCCGCUCCCUCAAUUUUGCUGGGUCAGUUUUGUCUUACGGUACUUCCAGUGGUCAAGUACAUUUUUACGAUCUCAGAAGUGAUCAUCACCUGCCAAUACAAUUAGAUAUUGGUCCUGGUUGGGUGAAACCCCAAAGUUGUGAUGACUACGAAAUGCCACCUGUUGCUUCUCUAUUGGUGGGUCCUCCACCCAGGCCAGUUUCACAACCUCAAGUGACUGGUGGGAAUGUACCUUCUCCACCACCUUCUCCUGCUCAUCCAGCACUUGUUAUGGGACCUUUGAACAAUAAUGAUCCCUCACAAUUUCGAGCGGUAACGAUUUCUUCUCAAGUAAGUAAUUUGCGUGUACGUCUGGACAGAGUUCAACAUCGAUUAUCAAAUUUACGUAACCGACGUAGUAUGGCUGUGGCUGAAGUCGUAAAUAUGUAUUCAGCUGUUGUUGCAUCGACGUCUAGCGGGUCGAAUCAGACUCCAGAAGAUGUUGGUACUUCUACAUUAUCUGAAUCAUAUUUCCCUAAUGAUGAACCCUAUUCUACCCCAAACACUUGGACCGAAACUGUAGGUACUGAAGUUAUUGAUAGUCAAAAUCCUCAUGAAACGAAUGAAACUAGUACACCAUCUCAUGUAAUGCCAUUUGGUCUACUCCGCUUACAAAUUCGUGAUUCAUACCUGGGGCCUAUAUCUUUAGGGAUGAAUUACUUCGCCAAUUUACAUUCAAAUUUUGCAUCAUUCCCCACAUUCUACAGUCAACGUCGAAUGCUAGCAGUCUACACUCAUGAAUAUGAUCCCUCAGGUACACGUUUGUUCACAGCAGGUGGUCCAAUUGCAUCUCAUUUUCAUGGGAAUGUUGCUGCCUUGUGGGAAUAA